AUGACGAAUUCAUUAAACGAUUUUAGUGACAAAACCCAAGAAAUUAUUCUCCAAUGGUUCAAUACUGCAAAAGCGAAUUGCAGUGUCCCUGUCUCUGAGAUAGAUGAUUAUUAUAUUGAUCCAAUGUUAUUCAUCAUUGAGUGGAACGAUAACGGACUCAGACAGCGAAAUAUUAAUAAAAAUAACAUAACUAAUAUUAUUCGAAGGUUUCCUGGUUUUCAAUCGUUUUCAGAUAAUACCAUGAGUUCUGGAGGAGCUAGCAUCGGCAAUCCAUCUGAUUCAAUUUUUUGUGUUGUUGAUUUCCCCCCUAUGGAGAAUCAACAGAUUAAUGAAGAUCUCAUUGACUAUCUUAGGCAAACUUAUUACCAAGUGAAUCAGCCUUCAUUGGGAAGAGUGUUUGACAUAAAGGCUACAGGAAAAGGCAAAUUUGAGAUUAUAGAACAUCGUCAUAAAAACAAUACUUCUUUCCAUGAUAAAGUUUUCAUUCUUUACAAACCUAAAAAAACACCAUUGAUGCCUUCGUUAUUGUCAGCAAUUGUCUAUUUAACAAAUUACGAGGAGGUAAUGAAUGGUCAAUUCUUGAUAGGAGAUAAUAAAGGUGCACUUAGGUCGGAUGAAAACAACACCGUCCAAAAGACAAAAUAA